UUUCUUUUAUUUUUCUUUGCGAUAAUGACAGCACGAAACCACAUGCACUGAUGUUUAUUAUAUAAAAUUUUUAUAAAGUUGAGUGAAAUGUUUACCAAUAGUCUAAAAUCGGUUAUAAAAUGGAGAUAUUUAAGUCAGUGCUGUUCCAGACUAGGGAAUAUAAGUCAGACAUAUGCAUCCUUCAGCGCUAAAGAUCUACUGUAUGAGACAUCGGAUGAGGCCGGUACGCUCCUCACAAGGUUUGCAAAGCACGUAGCUAUCGAAAGACACAAUAUAUGUGAGAUUGUGCCCAAUAAGGUUCGUUAUGCUGACUUUUUUCCCGUUAGUGAUAUGAAGUAUUUUCACAAAGAACUGUCCAAGACUUCAGCGGAUCAACUUGCCUCAAUAAUAGUGUACGCAUCGACAUAUAGGUCAAAUGCAGAUCCCUCAAAAUUUGCCCAAGUUUUAAAUGAAUUGGACCGCUAUGCAGUGGACAAAUUAUGUGAUAUGAAUGUGGAUACUAUUCUGCGAACAAUGUAUGCGUUCUUGUUUUUAAUUCCGAAUUGGAUGACAAGAUUGGAUUUUUAUUCCGAGGGCAUGAAGAAGUUAUAUGACACCUUAUUACAAGAUGGUUGUAAAUUUAAAGAAUUAUUUGUUCAAGUCAGCUUUUACUUCGGCCUUUCAAAGAAAAUCUCCAGAAAUAACUUACAGAAGCAGUGGAAUUCGUUUCUUCAUUUACACUUGGAAUCAUUUUUAGACGAGUUGAGUACCUUGGAUGUGGCUUUGGUAGCUAGCGCUGCCUACAAAACGUCCACCAAGAUAGAAAAUGAGAAAUUUAAUCAACGACUUGUCAAAGAAGUUUUAGGAACGUCUACAGUUAAAAGUGGAAAUGAUGCACUCUUAAUAACAUUAAUAAAAUCUCUUCGCUUCCAAAGAGUUAAUUCAGACGAAGUUUGUGAACAUGUUGCCAAGAUCUGUAUGAAUUCUCAACAAAUAAAUCAAUUUCAAACUCGGGGUCAAAUACAUAUUUUUGCAUUGUUUGCCGACAACCUCUGGGAUAAUGAGGAAUGUAUGCAAAUAUUAGUGCAAGAGUUCAUAGCCAAAUUGCGUAAAAAUAAUACAGAUAAUUAUGUCAACCGUAUAAGAGGCAAGGAUAUAACUACGUUUCUUUGGUGUUGUUUCCAGUUAAAAUGUCGCAUGACUCCGCACGAACUUCAAACAGUCGAAGAUGUACUUCUACGUAUGGUGUAUAAUAAUGAAUUCAAAUACUUUCCGGAUCAACUUGUCGAAGCAUGUUUAUCAUUGUGGAGUUUGGGUUUAAAAUCUAAGGAGCUUUUGCAAAACGCAAUUAAAAUAAAGUCCGAUUCGUCUCCCAAACGACAACAACCUAAAGUAGACAGUCGGCUAACCGUAUUGCUAUCAGCUGCACAAAUUGAAGAGCCAACGUGGUGCAUGCCCUUAACCAAAGGCUUUAAAUCAUUUAACAUUGAGUCUUCUGUUCCAGCGUAUUUAUUAAAUCCUGAUAUUCCAUACAACACAUUACUUUCUCGAUUGAGGGAAGAAAAUUCGGUGGCGUCUGCUGCAAUUGUCUGUCCUAUCAAUGGUAUAAAUAUUCCAGGAGUACUUGUCCAGCUUUCUUCGUUGUCGCAUGAUUCUUAUGUAUUUGUUGAAAUUAUGACAAAAAGUCAGACAUUGCAAUUUAGUAAUCAACCUGUUGGAAUACUACGACUCAAAGUCCAACUUCUGCAGGCUAUGGGGUACAGUGUAAAACUGUUGUCUCUUAAGGAUUUAGAAGGACCAUUGAAUGUGGACGAAGUUUUACAAAUCGAUAAUAUCGAAAAUAUAACUGAAACCAGCAAAAAUAGUAUUAAGGCAUAAAUAUUAAUGAAAUACCUAAGUACCUGAAAUAAAAUACCGAUUCGAACUUCCAAUAAGAUAGAACUAGUGGUAAAAAUA